GAAAGGAUAUGAUAUAGGAUGAUUAGAAAACAAGACAUGAAAACAAAAAUGAUUAGAAAAUGAAGAUUAAUAGUGAUAGAAAUGGGGGUUUAUGAAGGGGUUAGAGUUCGAUGGGAGGGAGAGACAGGAGAAGCAGUAAUUCAGAUAGAUAAUCAACAUCAUUAUCAUGCUUCCCCACUCCACUCCGUACUCUUCUGUGCAUACUUAUGCUGUGUCUCCCACUACCUCUCUUUCAGCCAAACCACAAACACUCACAUAACAUAACAUCACACUACAAUGCUCAAACCCUUCUCAUGAUUCCAUGACUUCCAAACCUCACCGCCUCUCCGCCUGUCACCGCCAUCCCACCGUCCCCGUCACCGGAUUCUGCGCCCUCUGCCUCCGCGAACGCCUCUACGGCAUUCACUCCAAUGACUCCCCUCCGCCGCCCGACCUUCGCCGCUCCAAAUCCUGCUCCCGGUCUACCACCGCUGAUGCAUCGUCCGAGCCCCGCCGCCGCUCCUGCGAGGUUCGACCGCGGAGCUCGCUCUCCGAUCUCUUCUCUCUCGAUGACUGCAGGAGAGGUCGGAACCGGAAACCGAACUUCGAAUCGGUGAACUUGGGAGAGAUUAGGGUUUGUGAUGGAGACGACGACGAGGAAACGAAGACGGUGAAGGAGUUCAUAGAUCUCGAAUUGCAGCGCAGGAAGAAGAGCGCCGGGAGGGAUUCUAGAACCUUCUGGAACGCGGCCACCGCGUUCGGCGAGAAAUUCAGGAAGUGGAAAUGGAAACACAAGUCGAAGAAGAAUCUCAACGGUAAUGAUACUAAUAGAGGCGUCGAGAAGCGAAGAGCGAGGCGAUUGAGGGACACGCAAUCAGAGAUUGGGGAAUGCAAUUUUGGGAGAAGAUCUUGCGACACUGAUCCGAGGUUGUCGAUUGACGGGGGAAGAAUUUCCAUGGAUUGCCCUCGAGCUUCUUGGGAUGGAUGUUUGAUUGGUAAAGCAUGUUCAAGACUUUCACCAAUGGUUUCGCUCGAGGAGGAUGAUGCCAAUGAUGGUAACAGUAUUGGUUUGGAAAGUGCAGGUGAUCGCCGGAGUUAUGAUAUUGAUAGAUCAAACUCGCCUAGGAGGAGGUCGAUUUCAGAGGUUGAUGAAUUGAAAUUGAUGUCAAAUGCAAAUGCAAAUGCAAAGGUAUCUCCUGCUACAUUCUAUAGUGCAAAGUUGCUCAUUACUGAGAAGGAGUUGAUGGAUAGUUAUGUGAAAUCUUCGAGUGAUGUUGUUCAGUCUGAUUCUAUAAUAGAAUCUGAUUCCAAGGAUGCGGCUGACGUUGUUGCCACUGGGGUUAGGCAAAAGGGUUUCAAGAAAUUGCACAAAUGGCGCGGCAUGUGGAACAAGUUGGGAUUGGCACAGAGAAGAGAAUGUAAGUUGGGGGAAGAAGAGUGUGAUUCAGGGGUUGUGGUUAAUAAGCCACUUGGAGAUUCUUUGCAAAGGUUGAGGAGGGUGGUUAAUGUACAAGCAAGUGAGCCUGUUGGUCCGAAGCUUAUGCGUAGCUAUAGUGUUAGCUGUAGAAGCCCUUGUAGAGUGGAUGGUUUUGUUAACAGUGUGGUGGAGGAUCCUGAGGCUAAAGGAAAUGUUUUGAAUGGAAGACAAGAGUUCAUGUUUCAGAGGAACCGGAGUGUUAGGUAUUCGCCAAAUAAUCCAGACACUGGCUUAUUAAGGUUUUAUUUGACACCUUCAAAGAGCUACAGGAGAAGCAAGUCUGGAAGGAGUAGUAUGAAGGAUUUGCAUUCUAUAGCCAGAAGUGGCUUGUGAAAAUGUAUUAUCUGUUGAAAGCAUAUCUGGUUGUAAAAACAUAUAUAAUGUAAUUUUUGUUGUUCUAAAAGAUGAAGUACAUCACACUGUUAGAUUAUGGUUGCAAUUUUUCUAUUGACGCUGGUAGCAGAAAUAAAGUA